CUUUGCAUCAAAAUGGAGAGAAAUUCUUUCUGGGUAUCCUUCAUUGCAUCCCUUUUCCUCCUAAGAAUCGUUAAUUGUGUUGAUGAUGAGGUCAAGAGCACAAUGAUACUCUUUCUUGCACAACUCUCUGGCAAUGAUAGUCAUCAGAACUUCACUUUGAAUUGGAAACUAGGCUCUGAUCCCUGCAUAGAUCAAUGGCAAGGUGUAGAGUGUGAUACUAAAAACUCAUCCAUCAAGAAUUUGCUUCUUGACAAGCUAAGCUUAUCUGGAACUCUUGAUGUUGCUAUGCUUUGCAACUUGCAUCCCCUGGCUGCAUCUCUCACUUAUCUUAGUCUCGACGGCAACGGCGUCCACGGAGGCAUCCCGGAAGAGAUUGGAAGCUGCAAACAACUCACUCAACUACACUUAAGCGGAAACCAAUUUUCUGGAACCCUUCCUAGUUCACUUUCCAAGUUAAACAAUUUAAAGAGUCUUGAUAUAUCUAACAACAAAAUUUCGGGACAGUUACAUCCUGAUUUGGCUAGAAUCUCAACGCUGAAUAUGUUCCUAGCACAGAAUAAUCAGCUCAGUGGAGAAAUUCCGCCGUUUAAUUUCUCUAAUUUCGACCGGUUCGAUGUCUCCUUCAACAAUUUCAGUGGAGUUAUUCCAGAUAUACAUGGACAUUUCACCUCUGAAAGCUUCCUCGGUAACCCUCAACUCUGUGGUGAUCCAUUACCAAAGAGUUGCACCAGCUCGCCGGUGCCUGCUAGCAAAGAUUCCGAAGAACGGAAGGAAUCGCCGGGGCCUGCAGCCGCUGCCGGCGAUAAUUCUGAUGAAGAACCAAAGAAAUCAUUAAAGGGCCCUUCAAAAGAGCAGAUUCUUAUGUAUUCAGGCUAUGCGGCGAUUGGAGCUUUAGUGAUCCUUUUAAUUGUGUGGAAGCUGUGCAGAAGAAAAAAGAAAGAAAAGAGAAUUGAAGCAUUGAAUGAGAAAGUUGUAACUCAAAGUAGUGCUCAAAAAGCUAGCCAUGUUUCAAGUGAAUACAGAGCAGGAGUAAGCCGAUCGGACUUCUCAUUAACUUCGGAGAGCAGCAUGGUUUCGCAAUCACUCGUGGUUCUUUCGAAUUCGAGGACAACGGUGGUUGUGAAAAGGAUCAUCGAUAGGUCUGUUCCCGGCCGUGAUUUCAAGCAAAGAAUGCAGAUUUUGAGUCAAGUGAAGCAUCCUUAUGUGCUCUCACCUCUUGCUUUCUAUUGCUCCAAGCAAGAGAAGCUUUUGGUCUAUGAAUAUCAGCAAAAUGGAAGUUUAUUUAAGCUUCUACACGGUGCCCAAAAAUCCUUUGACUGGAGCAGCAGGCUUGGAAUUGCAGCUACGACCGCUGAGGCAUUAGCUUUCAUGCAUCAAGAGCUUGGGCAACAAGGUAUCUCACAUGGCAACCUAAAAUCAUCCAACAUUUUGCUAAACAAGAACAUGGAGCCAUGCAUAAGUGAGUAUGGUGUGAUGGGUGGAGACGACGACCAACAACAACAACAACAUAGUUCAUCUUUUGUUAGUCCUUUCACUUCCAUGUCAUCAUCAGAUCACGCCGCCUUCAAGGCCGAUGUCUAUGGAUUCGGCGUCAUUCUGCUCGAACUACUCACCGGAAAGUUGGUAAAGAGCGAAGGGAUGGAACUGACGGAGUGGGUUCAGUCUGUUGUGAGGGAAGAAUGGACGGGUGAAGUGUUUGAUAGGACUCUGAUAUCAGAGUAUGCAAGUGAAGAAAGGAUGGUGAAUUUGCUUCAGGUCGCUAUAAGGUGUGUUAAUCGUUCCCCUGAGGCUAGGCCAAGUAUCAACCAAGUUGCUCUAAUCAUUAACACUAUAAAGGAGGAAGAAGAAAAGUCUUUGAUUUAUCAAGUGUGAGUGUGUGACCGUUGUCCCAGUUACAAUUUUCUUGUGUGUGUAAUCUCUUUAUCAUCCAAUUUCUGUACAUGUGAACAGUGAGAAUCACGAAUUAAUUGGCCUGUACUAAAA